ACGGAACCUGUUUCUGUUGGGCCAGCACGAUCAUACGUGGAGCAUGAUGAUAACCAGGAAACUAAGUAAAGCGCGCCAUUUCCUAGUCCUCUCACAUAGCUGCUGCAUCCGCUAGGUGAAGCAAGCUCGACGCAAUGCCGUCAGCCAUGGCAUCGAGAGACCCCUUCCGACCUGCAUUUUCUCCGCGCCGCCCCUCAAAUUUCUCUGGGGCAUCCGCGGCAACCUCUCCCCGCGCGUCCCCUUGCCCGUCGCACCACUCCGCCGCGCCCUCCGCCUCGAGCUACUCGCGCUCCAGCUCCGUCCGCAGCUGCAGCAGCGCCACCAGCACCUGUAGCAGCUACAGCAAUUCGUCCACGUCAUCGGCGGACUGGGCGGCGCAAAGUCCCAUGCUUUCCCAUUCCGCCGCCGGGCCGAUCCCCGAGAGCGACGCGCGCCUCGUCUUCCGCAGCCUCGUCGACACCAUCGUCGCCACCAGGGCCGCCGCAACCAGCGCCGGGAUGGGCGGGGGCGCGCGGGGAUGCGGCUUAAGCCGGAGUCGGAGCGGGCGGCGAGACGGCAGCGCGGGGUCGUCAAGUCUGCUGUUCGGGACGUGCAACGAGCCGUGCUGCCGCCCCCUCUGCUUCUUCGCCCCCGAGAUGCUUCCCCCGCUGCCCUCACGGCUGUAUAUCGAAACGGGCGCCGCUGCCAUUAUUCCGCCAUCCACCACCGCUGCCCCACCUGGCGCUCUCUUCGCGCCGACGACUUUUUCCCGCUUCGCCCCGUCGGCCCCGUGGCUGGCGGCGGACGAUGCGGCGCUGGGCGCGCUGGAGGUGUGGAGCCUGGGCGUGCUGCUCUACUCGCUGCUCACCGGCCGGCAGCCCUUCCUCGGCCGCUCCAAUGCCGACACGCUGCGAAAGAUUCGCGCCGCGCGCGUGCGGUUCCCCCUCACGGUGCGCGCGAUCGUGCUGCCCGGCGACGCCAAACGACUCAUUCGCGAAAUGCUCGCGCCAGACCCCGCUUCGCGCCCCACGCUGCAGCAGGUGCUUGCGCACCCGUGGCUCGCUUCCCCGCCCGCCCGAUGCCGAACCCUAGAACGCCCGGGCUUCCGCUUGCGAAAGGCUCCCCGCAUAGCGCUGUCGCGCGGGCUGCUGUCAUGCCUGCGGGUCGACGACGCGGUCAGCGACUCGGAGUGAAGCUGAUCGCAAGGGGAGCGGAAAACAAUGGCGCGUCGGGCGGAUUCGCGAAGCGGUGGAUUGCAGCUGGGGCUCAUUCAGUGGAUGCGCGCUCGAAGCACACUCCUCUCAUGCGCGCUUCCUGCGCUCCCCGUGCUGCCACCAGUGGUGGAGCUGCUCACCUCACCGCGCCACGGCUGCCCUCGCUACGCCGUUCCCCGAACGAGCAACUGCGGCGAGCCUUCGCCCGCUUAUCCCCCGACGCCGCGAUUCUCGGCCUCUCUGACAGCUCACGCGCUCGACACUUUGCGAGGCGCCGGGCGACGGUGUGCGGGCGACGCGUGCAAGUUACACGCGAAAGGGAAGGGCAGGGGAGGUGUAGCAGCGAGGACAAAAACAGUUGCAGGAGGGGUAUUUUGCGCCACGUUGCCAUGGAGCCCUGUGCUCUGUAAGGCGACUCUGGCGGGCUGAGCUGGACUUGGCGGGCCAUGCAAUGCCGCCCUGUCUAAGCAUUUCCCCUGUCACCUGUACGAUAAAGCCUCCGAUGAAAAAUGUAGAUAUUCACUUCUGUAUCUUUGGUGUACGAUCUACAUAGAUU